AUGGAAACGACCUAUAAUCUGCUAGGAAAACCCGGGAUAUUCCGAAACGAUCGCUUCUGGCUUUCUGGGGACCAUAUUGUUGAUCCCCGGAUUAACGGAUUACCUCAAGUGCAGGCGCUGAUCAGUGUAAGCGAGAGAGCGAAGAAAACCUUCAAAUUGACGGAAUACCAAGGCAUGAAUUACACUAUUCUCCACACUGAAUUCUACCGAGAGCGCGCGCAACCUGGAAUGCUGGUCGUUGGCUCAGACUCACACACAUGUUCCUCCGGGGCAGUAGGCUGUCUCGCGGUUGGACUCGGCGCUGCGGAUGUCACCUUUCCAUUAGAACUUGGCGGGAUCACUGGUUUAUUUGUGCCCGAUGAAAUUACCCACGAUUUCAUUAGUAGACGGAAACUUACGCGUCAUAAAUGCCACACGGCAUAUUUCAGGCCCGAUGCCGAUGCGGAGUACGCCGCAGUUCAUGAGAUUGACCUUUCGAACGUGGGGUCUUUUAUCGCACGUUAUCCAAAGCCGGAUGACGUGGUUCCAGUUACGGAAGAAGAGGGAAUGGAGCUGAAUGGAUGUUUUAUCGGUGCCUGCACUACCACGGAGGAAGAUCUCAUCCUCGGUGCUCUGGUAAUCGAACAAGCAAUGAAAAGGGGAUUAAAGCCUACCACAAAGGGGAAGAGGAAGGUCGUUCCCGGUUCAAUGCCAAUAUUGUAUCGCUUACGUGAACUGGGGUUAUGUGAUAUAUACGCAGACGCAGGAUUUGAGAUUGGCAUCCCUGGAUGCAGCUAUUGUGUCGGGAUGUCAGCCGACCAGGCCGCGCCAGGAGAGGUAUGGAUUUCCUCGCAGAAUCGCAACUUCGAAAACCGGAUGGGUAAAGGUAAUGAACACUCCUCAAUAACAUGGCAUAGUCGAUUGAGAUCAUCCGAGUUAGGUUCAAUUGGUCAUCUCGCCUCUGCAGCCACUGUCGCAGCAUCCUCUUUUGAAAUGAAGCUAGUUGACCCUAGUGAUCUGAUUGCGUCGAUCGAUUUAAGUCAAUGGGACCGGCUCAGAACAAAACGUAUACACUUGAAUACAACUAACUCGAAGAGCGACUUGACAUAUGUUGAGCCAUGUGGUUUUCGUGGUUAUCCUAGUGCCACGACCCAGACACAGAAGCACAUAGAGAACACGCGGCUAGAUAAAGACGGAGAAAGACAAGUCAAAAGUCUUCAAGGCAAAGUGCAGAGACUGGGAGACUUCAUCGACACGGAUGCAUUGGCUCCUGCUGAGUUUCUGAUUGGCAUGAAAAAUAACAUGGACGCUGGAAUGUGCUGCCUGGUGCAUAGAUAUCCAACAUUCCGCGAACGGGCCCAGCAGGGUUUCAAUAUUGUUGUUGGUGCCAAGUCGUUUUCGUUCAUCUUUCAACGCAAUAUGCCAAGCCUCGGGCUCCUGGGUAUCACAAUGGAAGAUGAAUCCUUCUUUCAGCUUGCGAAUGAUGGAGUGUCAAUCUCCAUCGAUUUGAGUUCACGAAUCAUCAAAGUCGCUGACAAGACGUUCGGAUUCAAGCUGAGUCAAAUGGAAAGCGAGAUCUUCCGAUUUGGUGGGAUUGCUUCGGCUUUUGGACUAUUCGGAAACAAGUUGCUUGAGGCAAUAACCCCAGCCAAAUUUCACCCAGGACCUGAAAAGGAGGCAUUGGAACAGCCGGAUAACCGAUUACAAUGGUAA